AUGAAAUCAAUAAAAAAGUCUCUUCUCAGCAGAAAGAGUUCGCAGGAUUCAAGCUCGUCCAAGAAGGAGUCAAAGUAUUCAACUCCAACCCAAUCCGCGUCCUCCUCUGCACCACCGCCUCCCCCUCCCAAUUCCGCCAAGCCUUUACCUCCCCCCAAUGCUUCCUCUAACCACCUGAAUUCUGCUAGCUAUUCCUCAGCGCAGACCUCGUCGUCAUCAGCCAGAUCGGCUUCCCAGUCACAGCCAGAUCAUGCUCCCCUGAGAAGACAAGACGCCGCCGCUCCUCCUAUCGUUGUCGUCAGCCCUGAUCCUCCUUCGGACGCCCUGUAUCGGGGCUCCAAUCAACCUGUUGCCCAGGAUAGGUCCUCGCUCGGUUUGGAUCAUUCCAAUGGCAGCGUUCCUCGCAACACUGCUCUCAAUCGUCUGCGUGCUGGUCCCAAAGACACCAUCCCCAUGGUUGGCAAACCCCCCCGCAAGCAGCGCAGCAGUCGUUUCGUCGUAACUGAAAAGGUCGAGAUCGAGCGUCUUCCUCCGUUCAUGGAGAUACCCCCAGCCGAGCGCCCCCAGCUCUUCAUCAAGAAGCUUCAUCAAUGUCGCGUCUUGUUUGACUUCAACGACGCCAGUGCUGAGCUCAAGGGAAAGCAAAUCAAAGCCCAGACUUUGCAUGAGAUGUUAGAAUACAUCACCACCCAGCGUGGUGUCAUUACCGAGAAUGUAUACCCAGAGGUGGUUUCCAUGUUUGCGACCAAUCUCUUCCGUUCGAUACCCCCACCUGUCAACCCAACUGGUGACGCAUUUGACCCAGAAGAGGAUGAACCCGUCCUCGAACUUGCGUGGCCACAUUUACAAAUUGUCUACGAAUUCUUCCUUAGAUUUGUCGAGAACCCCGACUUCAACACUAACAUGGCAAAGCGCUACAUUGAUCAGCCAUUCGUUCUCAACCUCCUCGAACUUUUCGACUCGGAAGACCCGAGAGAACGCGAUUUCCUCAAGACGACACUUCAUCGUAUUUAUGGCAAAUUCCUCAACCUUCGUGCCUUCAUCCGUCGCUCGAUCAACAACGUCUUCUUCCAGUUCAUUUACGAGACAGAGCGGCAUAACGGCAUCGCUGAACUUCUCGAGAUCCUGGGUUCAAUUAUUAACGGCUUCGCCCUUCCCUUGAAGGAGGAACACAAGACGUUCCUCACUCGCGUCCUUAUUCCUCUUCACAAGGUCAAGAGCCUAUCACUUUAUCAUCCUCAACUCGCGUAUUGUGUUGUCCAGUUCCUCGAAAAAGACUCCACACUCGCAGAGGAAGUCAUGAUGGGCCUUCUCAAGUACUGGCCCAAGGUUAACUCACCGAAGGAAGUCAUGUUCCUCCACGAAGUCGAGGAGGUCCUUGAUGUGACAGACCCUGUUGAAUUCCAGAAGAUACAGGUUCCAUUGUUCCAACAACUUGCCAGAUGUAUCAACAGCCAACAUUUCCAGGUUGCAGAGCGGGCUCUCCUGUACUGGAACAACGAAUAUGUGGUCAAUCUCAUGAGCGACAACCUUGCCGUUGUUCUCCCGAUUGUUUUUCCUGCUCUGUACACAAAUUCGAAAUCGCAUUGGAAUCGGACGAUUCACGGCAUGGUGUACAAUGCGUUGAAACUAUUUAUGGAAAUCAACCCCGAUUUGUUUGACGAAUCUAUGCAACAAUAUAGACAGCAUAAGAUCGAGGAGCAAGAACAUGCAGUUAGGCAGUACGACGCAUGGCAGAAGAUGCGUCAAAUAGCAUUGAAGAAUGCUCCCAACAACAAGAUGCCCGAAGGCUAUGUUGAGCCUUAUCGGGCACCACCACCUCCACCUGUUACCAUCGAUGACGCAGAUAUCCUGGAUCUUUCGCAAGAGCUAAGUGCAGCGUCGAUUGAUGAUGUUCCGGGCGAUCUUGACGAAACGGGCCUCGAGAGAGUGCCCAUGGCUGAUCCCGGGUUGGAUAGACCCGUACCUCAAGUUGGCAAUCAUGAACAUACUGCUGAGCAGGGUUUGCAUGCCCGCCGAAAGAGCGUCCUUCCGGUCGAUCCGACUGUGCUGCGCGACCUUCAAGCACAUCGAAGUUUAGAUGACCCCCCUCUCCAAAAACCUCGUUAA